CAUCUGCUGCCGAGCCUUCCGCUCACCGUCCCGCUGUCCUGCGAAUCAUUGACCCAGAGCUGCAUCCCUCAUCUACCGUGAAGCAACCGUGAAGAUGGCGGCCCGGACCAUGCAAGCAGCGCGAUGCCCAACAGAUGAGCUGUCGCUGACUAAUUGUGCCGUGGUGAGCGAGAAGGAUCUGCAGUCAGGACAACAUGUGACUGUGAAGACCACACCCAACCACAAGUUUGUGUUUACAGUGAAGACCCACCACACUGUGGCACCUGGAAGCAUCGCCUUCAGCCUGCCGCAGAGAAAAUGGGCCGGUCUCUCCAUUGGCCAGGAAGUGGAAGUGGCCAACUAUAACUUUGACAAGACCAAGCAGUGCAUCGGCGCCAUGACAAUCGAGAUCGACUUCCUGCAGAAGAAGAGUACUGACUCCUCCCCCUACGACUCAGACAAGAUGGCCGCUGAGUUCAUCCAGCAGUUCAACAACCAGGCCUUCUCUGUUACCCAGCAGCUUGUGUUUAGUUUCUGUGAUAAGCUGUUUGGCUUGAUGGUGAAAGACAUCGAGGCGAUGGACGCCAGCAUCCUGAGAGGAGAACCAGCGUCUGGAAAGAAACAGAAGAUUGACAACGGGCUGAUGGUGGGAAACAGCCAGGUGGUCUUCGAGAAGGCAGAGAGUUCCUCCCUCACACUAGUUGGCAAAGCUAAGACCAAGGAGCAGCGACAGACGAUCAUCAACCCAGAGUGGAACUUUGAGAAGAUGGGGAUCGGAGGUCUGGAUCGGGAGUUCUCUGACAUUUUCCGCAGAGCCUUCGCUUCCCGAGUUUUCCCUCCAGACAUCGUGGAGCAGAUGGGGUGUAAACACGUGAAGGGCAUCAUGCUGUUCGGGCCUCCUGGUUGUGGUAAAACCCUGAUGGCGAGGCAGAUCGGCAAGAUGCUGAACGCCCGCGAGCCCAAAGUGGUCAACGGCCCCGAGAUCCUCAACAAGUACGUGGGAGAGUCGGAGGCCAACAUCCGCAAACUGUUCGCUGACGCCGAGGAGGAGCAGAAGAGGCUGGGAGCCAACAGCGGCCUCCACAUCAUCAUCUUUGAUGAGUUGGACGCCAUCUGCAAGCAGAGAGGAACGGGCGCCAGCAGCACGGGCGUGCACGACACCGUGGUCAACCAGCUGCUGUCCAAGAUCGACGGCGUGGAGCAACUCAACAACAUCCUGGUCAUCGGUAUGACCAACAGGCCUGACCUGAUCGAUGACGCCCUGAUGAGGCCCGGAAGGUUUGAGGUCAAGAUGGAAAUCAGUCUGCCUGAUGAAAAGGGGCGUGUCCAGAUCCUGCAGAUCCACACCAACAAGAUGCGAAGCUUCAACCUGCUGCAUGGUGACGUGGACAUCAAGGAACUAGCAGCUGAGACCAAGAACUACAGCGGAGCAGAGCUGGAGGGUCUGGUCAGGGCCGCCCAGUCCACCGCCAUGAACCGGCACAUCAAGGCCACCUCUACAGUGGAGGUGGACAUGGAGAGAGCAGAGAAGCUGCAGGUGACCAGAGCUGACUUCAUGGGAUCCCUCAACAACGACAUCAAACCUGCGUUUGGAACAAACCAGGAGGAUUAUUCCAGCUACAUCAUGAACGGCAUCAUUAAAUGGGGCGACCCGGUCACUCACGUCCUGGAUGAUGGAGAGCUGCUGGUGCAGCAGACCAAGAACAGCGACCGCACACCGCUGGUGGCCGUGUUACUGGAGGGUCCUCCCCACUGUGGGAAGACAGCCCUGGCAGCUCAGAUUGCAGAGGACUCGCAGUUCCCCUUCAUUAAGAUCUGCUCUCCAGACAAGAUGAUUGGACACUCAGAGAUCUCCAAGUGCCAGGCAAUCAAAAAGGUCUUUGAUGAUGCCUAUAAGUCUCAGCUCAGCUGUGUGGUGGUGGAUGACAUCGAGCGUCUGCUGGACUACGUCCCCAUCGGGCCUCGUUUCUCCAACCUGGUGCUUCAGGCUCUCCUGGUGCUGCUGAAGAAAGCUCCCCCCAAGGGCCGGAAGCUGCUGAUCAUCGGCACCACCAGCAGGAAGGACGUCCUGCAGGAGAUGGAGAUGUUGGACGCCUUCAGCACCACCAUCCACAUCCCCAACAUCUCCACCGGGGAGCAGCUGGUGGACGCUUUAGAGCUGCUGGGGAGCUUCACAGAUAAAGAGCGGGCCGGCAUCGCUCAGCAGCUCAAAGGGAAGAGAGUCUGGAUCGGCAUCAAGAAGCUGCUGGUGCUCAUCGAGAUGUCGCUGCAGAUGGAACAAGAAUACAGAGUGUCCAAGUUCCUGUCUCUGCUGAAAGACGAGGGGGCUGAUCGCAGCUUCUACGAGUAGAGCAACUAGAGAGCAACGCAACCAGCAACAAACCACACAUGGGACGAAAUGAGGAAGAGGAGGAGAAGAAACGAAGAUCUUCCUCUUGUCCGACCACCUGCUGAUCCAUCCGUCUAUUUAAAUAAACACCUGGUCAAAGAGAGGGGACACUAGUCCUCCAUCUCAGCAUGUUUCCACAGGCAAAAUCACUGUUUCCUCCUCAUCACCACCAAGUUUACUAACUGACAUAUCACAGCAAACUACGGGAAGUCGUACUGUUCAAAAAAAAUCUGUUAUCUGUAAAGAAAUUGCAAUAGGUGAUUGUAAAAAGUGCGGUUUUGUGCAUCGUGCGUAAAAAAUGACCAAAAAAAAAAAGACAUGUAUGUUUUCAGCUAUAGUAUUUGUUGUAUUUGUUGCAUAUCCUUCGUCCUGCUAAAAAUAGUUAUUGUUAGUAUUAUAUGUAUUCUCACAAAUACAAGCAGAAUAUACAGAAUACAGAAUACAUCCCGAUCUGAAUAUUUAAGACAUGAAUCUAUGAAUGAGAGGCUUUUAGUGACUAUGUAGUGGCUGUAAAAAAAAAAGAAAUAAAAAAAAAGCUGUUCCUUGUGUAAAUGUAAACCCUUUAAACAUACAGUAUGUAA